AAUUAUAUUCCCAGAUUAUUUAAACAUGAUAAGUGAUCCAUCAUUAAAAAAAGUUUUUGAUUGAUUGAAGUCUGAAGAUGAAAAUGAAAUGGGCUGGGUUUAGGGCAAGAUUGGAGGAGAGAAGAGGCCCAAAGUCCAAAAGCAAAGAGGAGAGUGAAGACAGAAGAGAGAAGAAGCCUCAGUCAUUCGCUCAUUGAUCGCGAUUGUCUUGGCACAAUGUACAGGAACGCUGCUUCACGCCUUAGGGCCUUGAGGGCGCGUUCCAUCAGCAGGGUACCUGCUACUGCUAGAUUCGCAAGUUCGAGCUCCGUUGCCACAACAAAAUCAUCUCCGUUGGGUGGCUUGUUUGGGUGGCUCACCGGCGGCGGAUCCAGCUCUGCUCCCCCUCUGGAUUUCCCCCUUCCCGGAGUGACCCUCCCCUCUCCAUUGCCCGAUCACGUUGCCCCCGGUAAAACCAUCGUCACUACCCUCCCAAAUGGAAUCAAGCUUGCCUCCGAAACUUCCGCGGGUCCUGCAGCCUCAAUUGGUUUGUAUGUGGAUUGUGGUUCAAUCUAUGAGACUCCUUUAACAUUUGGGGCAACACAUCUGCUAGAGCGAAUGGCCUUCAAGAGCACUAGAAACAGGACUCACUUUCGGGUGGUUCGCGAGGUAGAGGCCAUUGGUGGCAAUGUGCAGGCCUCCGCUUCCAGGGAGCAGAUGGGUUACACCUUUGAUGCUCUCAAGACUCAUGUUCCCGAAAUGGUCGAGCUUCUGGUUGAUUGUGUUAGGAACCCUGUCUUUCUUGACUGGGAGGUCAAUGAACAGCUUCUGAAAGUGAAGGCUGAGGUUGGUGAAGCUUCCAAAAAUCCUCAAGACUUGCUUUUGGAAGCGAUUCAUUCUGCUGGAUAUUCUGGUGCCUUGGCAAAUCCUCUUUUAGCUUCAGAAUCCGCACUUAACGGACUAAAUGGUUCGAUUCUGGAGGAAUUUGUUGCCGAAAACUAUACGGCACCUCGGAUAGUACUUGCUGCUUCUGGUGUUGAGCAUGAGGAAUUGUUAUCUAUUGCAGAACCGCUUUUGUCUGACCUACCCAACGUCCAACGUCCAGAGGAGCCCAAAUCUGUAUAUACUGGUGGUGAUUAUAGAUGCCACACUGAAUCAGGAAGGACCCACUUUGCUCUCGCAUUUGAACUUCCUGGUGGCUGGCAUAAGUUGAAGGAUGCUAUGGUCUUAACUGUUCUUCAGAUGCUACUGGGAGGUGGUGGAUCAUUCUCUGCUGGCGGACCUGGUAAAGGAAUGUAUUCACGGCUAUAUCUCCGAGUUCUGAAUGAAUAUCCACAAUUUCAUUCUAUUUCAGCAUUCAACAAUAUUUACAAUAACACAGGCAUAUUUGGUAUCCAAGUUACAACAGGUUCGGAUUUUGUAUCAAAAGCCAUCGAUAUAACAGUUAAUGAGCUUCUUGCAGUCGCUACAUCUGGACAGGUUGAUCAGGUACAGCUGGAUCGUGCCAAACAGGCUACAAAAUCUGCAAUUUUGAUGAACUUGGAAUCAAGAAUGGUUGUUUCAGAAGAUAUAGGAAGACAAGUUCUGACAUACGGUGAAAGGAAACCUGUCGAGGAUUUCUUGAAAGCAGUGGACGAAGUAACGCUAAAAGAUAUUGCUUCAAUUUCUCAGAAGCUCAUUUCUUCCCCUCUUACAAUGGCAUCAUAUGGAGAUGUUAUUUAUGUUCCAAACUAUGAAUCAGUGAGCAGCAAAUUCCGUUCAAAAUGAGGUGUGAGUGUGACAUACAAUCAAAGAACUCAUGUAUGGAUGAAAGGUGUAAAAUUAAGUUAAAACCCUAAAUGUCCUUGUUGUAAGCCAAUAAAUUGGUAAUCAUGCGCAAGUAGCAUAUGCCUGCGUAACUCAUUAUUUUUGGGGUUCAUAAUCAUUGACCUGAGUGGGUCUUCAUUUACUGUUUGAAGUUAGGCUGAACUGACUGCUGGAUUAUUUUUGGAUUCAGUCUCAUUCCCUAAACCAAAUCAUAGAACAUUGAUCCGUUAUUCAUUUUCAA